AUCCUCGCAGCAGAUAAAUAAAUAAAGAAAAGCCCGUUCUUUCAGAAUCCCAAUACGAACCUCCGGUCAACACCCCACCUCCGAAUCCACGCCAAAAAAAAAAAAAAAAAUUAAUUAAUUUUUGAUACUCUAUAUAGUAUACUGACUGGGAAUUUUUAGAUGCAUUUGAAGAUUUUUUUGAUAUGGAAUCUAUAGUUGAAGCAACAUCGGGUGCAGUUGGAGCAGUGGUAAGCACCACCAUAUUGUAUCCUCUCGAUACUUGCAAGACAAAGUAUCAAGCUGAAAAUCGUGCUCACAAUCACCAAAAAUACAGGAAAAUCUCAGAUGUCCUUUGGGAAGCAAUUUCCACAGGUCGAAUACUUUCACUGUACCAGGGCUUAACGACGAAGAACUUCCAAUCUUUCAUUUCAUCAUUUAUUUACUUCUAUGGAUACAGCUUCUUAAAGAGACUCUACUUGAAGAAAAGUGGAUUUAAUGCUAUAGGAACAAAAGCUAACUUGAUUCUUGCUGCUGCUUCUGGUGCAUGCACCGUUAUAGUGACACAGCCUCUGGAUACAGCAUCUUCAAAAAUGCAAACAAGUGCUUUUGGGAAAUCCAAAGGGCUCUGGAAAACCCUCUCAGAGAACACUUGGAGUGAGGCAUUUGAUGGUCUAGGCAUUUCUCUUCUUCUUACAGCAAAUCCUUCCAUUCAGUACACAGUGUUUGAUCAAUUAAAGCAGAGAUUAUUGAAGGAGAAGAUGAGCAAAAUUAGAGAUGAUGUAUCAUCUCAAGCAGCUCUUUCUGCAUUUUCUGCUUUUCUGUUAGGUGCAGUCUCAAAAUGCAUUGCUACCUGUGUAACUUAUCCAGCAAUAAGGUGUAAGGUGAUGAUUCAGUCAACUGAGUCAGACGAAGAUGAGGAAGAUAAAACUCAAACAAACUCCAAGAAAACAAUUUCAGGGGCACUUCGUGCCAUUUGGAAAAAAGAAGGUGCAUUCGGCUUCGUCAAAGGGUUACAAGCCCAAAUCCUGAAGACUGUCCUUAGCUCAGCAUUCCUUUUGAUGAUAAAGGAGAAGAUCACAAAGACUACAUGGGUCCUAAUGAUUGCACUGAAGAAGUUUAUGUUCAUAGCUAGGACCAGGUUGAAGAACUCUUGAAGUAAAGGCAGAGGCUUUUUGGAUUUAUCAAGUAUAGUGUUUUUGUAUGUGAUAAAUAUCAAGGGAUAAGAACCCUUAAAAUUGGCUUGGUCGAGAGAAAUCUAAUUAUAUUUUUUCUUGAAGAUCAUAGUUUGUGAAAUUGUUUCCUUGGGGUGCUGUGGAUUUGCAAUUAAAUUUGUUGCUGUAAUGACUCAUCUGUGGUCUCCAUCGACCUAGUAACUUGUUUUUUAUUUCAUUUUUUGUUGCUGCUGAUUUUAA